AUGCCUCCGAAGAAAAAGAAGAGUGGCAAGAAGAAGAAGAAAAGUGGAAGAAAGAGCGCCAAAAAGACGCCUUCUGCGGCCCCUUCAAGUGACGUUCUCAAUGAACUGUCGAAGGAGUACUUUCUGAUUCAGAUAAGAGAUUUGGAGGAAAGGCUUGCUCGCUAUCAGAAAAAGUGCGAUGAACUUGAACUUGCUAAUCAGGAUUACAGGUCACAGUAUGAACAGCAAACAACGGAUAAAAAAGAAAUCGUAUCGUUUUUAAAGAAACAACUGGAACAAAGAGCUGAUGAAAUAGCCGAUCUACAAGAUCGGUUGAUCGGAUUACAACAAGCCAAAGAUAGUGAGAAAGAUCAAUAUGAAGUGCAGUUAGCCACUUUGAGAACUGAGAUGCAAGAAAUUAAAGACCAAUUAACUUCGGAAAACAUGGUUUUGGGAGGAAAGUUAGCUUCCUUGGAAGAAUUUCGUGUACAAAAGGAAGAUUUGAUGGCAAAAUUUGCAAAAAUGGAAGAGGAAUUGGAGAAACAGCAGAAAGAACAUAAAGACGUGAUUUACAAUUUGGAAAGGAAAGCUGUGGUAGACAAAGACAGGUUUGAAAACAAAAUCAUUUUAGUAGACAAGUGGAGCACCCAUGUGGCCAGUCUGUACUUGCAAAUCUUGUUUUUGUAUGUGCAUGCUCAUUGUGCAUGCCAAAAUUUAAGCACUGCACAUGGCAGAAUGCCUGUUUGCAAUAGGAUGACACUUGGUUACUAUAUUAUUUACAAAUAAAAUUUACCUCUGGAAGCGCAAGAUCUUGUUGAGUUCUGUUAUGCUCUGCAGACUGGCCAUGUGGUAUGCAUGAACGCCUUUAUCAGUACCCAUUCUGUCAUUGGACAGUUCAGUGGCCUGUAUAUUCUUGUGUAAGGCCUGCAUGUGGCCUUUCACGCCUUAAAAUGAGAAUGUUUGACAUAAGCUGACAGUUUGUCAAUAUUUAAUCCAUCCACUAGCGAAGACAGUUUCAAAACUCUCAUGGGUUUUAAGUGCAGGCUGUUUUUCUCUCUGCCGUUUAUCCCUCACCUCCUUCCCCCCGUCAUUUUCUUGUCUGACCUCAAUUCAGCUUUUGCGUAGCUGUAUCUCUUACUUUAUAAAGCACACACACGCACGAAAAAAACAAACAAACAAACAAACAAACAAACAGCAAAAUACUCCUACUAUGUAAGUUACAAAGCCUCAAUUUUCUUUUGAUUCAUAGUCCUUGGUACUUUGUACUAGCCUUGAUCUAUAAAUCGUAGAGAAAAACCUUGGAUGGUAACUUACCAUACACAUAUUUAUACCCUCACACCACAAACUCUCAUUAAUUUAGUAGGGGGUGAAAAGUAAACUAUUUGAGCUUAAAUAAUCUGUCACGUACACCAAUGAUCCUGCCCCAAAUUCAAGGAGAGAGGUGUCCAUACUUUAGUUAUAUUGGCAGAGUUUUACCACAGCAGAUUACUAAAGAGUAAUUAUUUCUUUGCAAGCAACAAACAUAUAACUUAUUCUUAAUAAGUUUUAAAUGUGUUAAUCAAAAUUUAGAAUUCCAUUUGAUAUGAAGUCUCAUCAUUGACCUUUUGGAUUUUGAUGUACUUAGACUAAAGAAAGAGAUGGUGCUAAGACUGAAUCAAGUGGCUGCAGAAUUUAGAAAGGUAUCAAACAAGCAAAUGGCUGAAACCACAAAAAGAACCAUCAGGGAAAAUGUCUCAAUCAAUGCACAGCUUGCUAAGAUGUCUGACAAAACCAUGGAACUCAUUCAGGAAAAUGAUGAAUUGAGAGUGAAGGAGAAAAAGAUGAAACUACAGAUUGAUAUGCUGGAGCAUAAUGAGAAGGAACUGGCCAAGAAAAAUAGCAGCAAUCAGAAGGUACAUUUGCAUUAAUCUGAAUGGUGAAUGGGGGUGAUAGGACAGAGCCCUUAUGUUGAAUUUUAGGUCAAUUUGCCUUUUACUCAAAAUUGGCCUUCAAUUCACUUAAAGUGCAAAAGUCUGGACCUUUCCUUUCUAUUGUUUUUGCAUUGCCUUGGCAAAAACUUUCUGAACAACAGGUUUUUGAAAGGUGGUUACCACUGGCAGUUGUUUCAUGGUCCUCUAACUGAACCAUUUGUCACUGUUUUUUAAUCCUCAGCAGUUAAACUAGCUUAGAUGUUGAUCUUCAUCUAAAGUCAUUAAAACUCAAGUGUGCAAACUUAUUUUAGUGAACUGAAAGGCACUCGCAAAACAUCCAGGCAAUUCUGAGUCAAACAAAAAUUGGCUUAAAAUUCUAUGUGGGUCCUUUAUUUAUUCUCCCAGGCCUUAUUGUUGACUAGAGAAUUCUGUGAGUUAACUGGGCCUUAGGGUUAAACAAAUUAAUAAUACAGUCAAACCCUGUUCACACGGACCCUGAGGGGGGCCAUAAAAAGUGCCUGUGUUAAUGGGGUGUCCAUAUUAAGCAGAUUGAAUCAGGGUUGUCAAAAGUAGCCAGCUGCCGCCGAAAAUCACCACCUACUAGGUUAGUAUUGGCCGGCUACUCUGCUUGGCAUUUCUUUACGGAGGGCAUUUUUUAAAUAAAAUAUCCCUAGACUGGCCGCAUACCAUGACAACUCAGCCAUCCACGUCAAAACUUUCUGAAAACUGUGUUGAAUUUAGAAAAAAAAUAUGAAGGGUUACUUUCCCCAGGGAAAAGGAAAACUGUCCAUAAUAAUGGGGUGUCUGUAAAGUGGGGUUCGACUGUAUUGGUUGGCCUGAGAAAACAGCCAGCAUUUUACCACCACUGGUUUCCCCGUCAAAAUGUUGUCUGAGGAACAAGGGAAAAACUUCCAUACUGAUGUUGCGACACUAUCCAGAUCUGGGCAGUACUUCUGAUUGGUCAUGCCGUGUGGGAAACUUGCUUCAACCAUCAGAAGCAGUACCCAGAUCUGGGUAGUGAUGCUCUGUCAGUAUGGAAUUUCUGCUUUCGUUUAUCAGAUGUCAUUUCGCAAGGAAACCAGUGGCGACGUCACGAAAUGUCAGCUGUUUUCUAAAGCUUAAUAUUGAUACAUCCACAUGUAUUUGACUGUUCGUGUUGAACAGUGCCACUGUGGUAUCCCAGAAUACAAGCUUUGUAACUAAUUUAUCUUGGUAUUUUAUUAUAUUUUUUAGCUUUUAGGUUCUACGUUAAGCUGAUCAUUGUAAAGCGCUAUGAAAGAGUAGCUGAAUAGCGCUAUAUAAAUUAUUGUUAUUAUUGUACGUCAAAUGACUUAAGAUAUAAUUAUGGUAGCUUAUAUAUCACUAUCUUUACGCUUUACAUGUACUAAGUCUAAUGAGAAUGAGAUCAGUUGAUAACCUUAUCAACCUGUAGAAGUUUUAAGCUCAUCUCCACCCACUCUACCCAUGAACAAAACUUUAACCUACACCCUGAUUGUGGUGCAAGUUUGGUUUUAUGUUGCGACUUGAAAUAGAGCCACCAUUUUUAGGUCAUCAUGACAAAUAAUUAGAGCAUAUUACAAACGAGUGUGUAUAUAGUAGAUUUAAUGUUUCAUGAUCUGGGUACUUUUAGAUCAUCCGUAUGCUGACAGAGAAGGCUAAACAGCAGGAGGAGAUGUUAGUUGAAUAUGAUGAGAGUGAGGCACAGCAGAAAGACCUUGAAAGUGAAGUGGACUUGCUUCGAGCACAGGUUGAUAGCAUGAAGGAUGAACUCAGAGUAAGUAUUCUCAUGUGUGAACAACCUGAACUAAUUAUGUGAUCCAUGGUAUACCUUUUGUUGCAGCUUACUUCACUCGUGUUUGUAGAGGGAACCCCCUAGGUCCUUGUGAUGAUUUUACUCCUCUCAGUUGACUCAUAAUUUUUUUUUGUCUCGUACUCUUAACCUCUAAAUUAAAUUUGUGCCAAAGAAAACACCAAAUAAGUGAAAUUCCAAAUUGAUAUUUUUUAUAACCACUAAUAGAAAAAAAGGUAACAUGCAAAAAUUCUGCCAAGGAGCUCUCAUUUGAAUGGUCACACCACAGGGCUGUCAACCCACCACGUCUUCAGUUAUUGAGAAUUGAUAGGGAUGGGUCGAUAGAUGAUGUCAUAAUGCACUGUACAUAAUGUCAUUUCUGCAAAAAAUACUCAUUAGCUCCAAUCGUCACGAAUUUGCGAUGUUUGACCUGAUUUGUUUACUUCCCACCAAUCACAUUAUUGCGUUUAUUGCAGUCAUGGUGUAAUAUACCAUACUGGAGUAUAUGAGGAAACGUUGGAUGUUAACAGUAAAAUAGGUCAAACAAUGCAAAAUAUUUAAUUUUAAAAGUUUAUUGUUGGAAAGUCGAGUCUACAACUGAAUGGCAAACUUCGGUGAUUAAACAGGAGAUUUCAUACUCUAAUCUGGAUAUGGUGCAAAAUCUGGAGUCUCCCAGAUUAUCCAGGAGAGUUGACAGCACUGCACCAUGUGAAAAUUUUAGGCUCAAUAGUUAGAACUUACAUGUAGUACUGUUUCUGAUAGCAAAAGAGUACUGUGUUAGCAUGUGUUAAAAAUGAUAGUGGCUGGGCACUUCCCUGAAGAACAAGGUGUGUUUUAAUGGAUUUCGCACAAGGGUGAAGAACAGGUGACACAUUUUAAGGUGGGGGGGGGGGGGGGAAAAAAAAAAAAAAAAAUUAACCCCCAAAAUUUUUAAUUUUUGCAGAAAGGGGAAAAAUAAAAAAAAAUUUUUUUUUUUUCUAUCUUCUUUCCACAAAUAAACCCGGAUUUUUUUUUUGUUUUACAAUUUUUUUUUUGAAAAUAACUUAAGGCACAAAUAUUUAAAAUAUAACGUGGUUGCUUUUCUUAAAGAAAAAGAGUAUUGUUUUGACAAGUUUGAAAAAAAGAAGGGGGUGGGGACUUUCCCGAAAAACAAAGUGUGUUUUUAUGGAUUUGGCAAAAGGGGGGAAAAAAGGUGAAACAUUUUAAAGGGGGGGGGGGGGGGAAUACAAGAAAAAAAAUUGAUCCACCCAAAUUUUGAACUUUGCAGUCAAGUGUGAAAAUGAAAAGUAAUGCUUGUCUUUCCAUGCUACUAGUCACAAGUAAGCACGAGUCUUAUUUCUGUUUACCAAUUAUUAUUUGCAGAACACAACAGACACAAAGGAGUCUUUAGAGAAUGAACUUGCUAAAGUAACAAAGGACAGAGAUCUGUCUAUGAAGAAAAAAGAUGAACUAGCUGGGAUUCUAUCUCAGGCUGCACAGGCUCUUAGGGCUUCAUUAGCUGUAAGCUACCUCUUUUUUUUCUUUAUGAGAAAGGAAGGAAGGUUCCCCUUCCUUCCCAUUCUCAGACAAUGGAGAACUUAUGCUCUUAUUAUCAUUCUCAAACUUUUGACUGUUGUCAGAGGUGACAUUGUGGACGUUUUGUCCUCUGCUCUUCUUUGGGAUGCAUUUUGCUUUUAAGUUGGUAUUAAGAGAAGUAAUUUUUAUGAUUAUUGUCUAGUAUGGUUCAGGGGCACCCAACAAGAGUAUAGUUCAAAACCACUUAAACAUUGCAUUGUUAAACGUAUUUUAGUAUUUAAACGGUACAUAUAGGCAUAUUUUGAUCCCUUAAAAUUUUUUCAUCUGUUUGGAUUUCCUAGCUGAAAGUCUAGUGGUGCUAAAAUUAUAGGGAUCAAAACUUACCUUUUCAAAAAUUUCAGCCAAAAAAAAGGCUCCCGAAAAUUCUAGGUGACCUUUUUGAGGUAAAUAUCCGUGAAAAAUAGGCAAUUAUACCAUUUUUUAGAUGUUCAAAAAUCCUAUAAGAGGCAGGCAAGCAAGAAAUUUUACAACAAAUGUUCCGAAAAUUCUAAAUCUCAAAUCAUCUUCCGAACAGAUAUUUUCCAAAAAUUGUCUUUGGGUGCCCCUGAUGGUUGUAGAGUGGUAAAACUUAGUGAUAGUAUUGUUAGUUGUAAGUUAAUAUAUAAAGGUUAGGCCUAGAUCUUAGCAUUUCAAAGAAAUAUUUCUGAAAGUUUUCUUUGCGAAAAUAAUAAAAAUCAAUGGUCCUAAACUGUAGCCUGGGACAUGUAAGGGUCAGUUAUUCAAACAGUGUUAUAAACAGUGUCUAAACCAGGCACUGUCCUAAGGCAUUUAAAAUUUGGCCAAUCCUUACCACUAUAAACAUCGUUUGCUGUUUACAGUGUCAGGUAGGCUUACAGCUCAGACCUAGAAACAAAUUCAGCUAUGCUGAAUUUUAAAUCGUGUUUGAAUAAAUAUUAUUAUUAUUACCGGUACCGUCAUAAAAUCAACACCUUACGAACCGAUUUAGAGGCCUGCUAACUGGCUUAAAUGCCUGCUAAGUGAGACCCCUAUUAUAACAACUAUCCUUGAGUGCCUUGCUAUGCGUUCCUGUAGGCCCCCACAAUUGUCCAAGGAAAGCCUGAUGAAGCGGAAGCCGUAUCUCAGCGGGAAAACCUUGUCCAGACUCUCCUGGGAAUAUUAAAUGAUGCCGCAAAAUUUGGCGUAGGACCCAGUGCUAAAGAUUUUGUAGCAGCUCCAGAGACCAGAGGGUAUUCAAGUCCCAGCCCCGAUAUAGGCAGAUACGUUUAUAAAAAGAAACAGUAAGUUAUUUCUUUUUGUUAUCCAUAUUUAGUUAAAGUUUCAGCUAAGUAUGCUCAAUACCAGUGAACUUCGAAGUGUACAUGUGAAGUCUUUUAAGGACGUUGGUGUAGAUCAGGAUUAGCAAUGUAGAGUAUAUGUAGAAAAAAACCUGUAAAUUACCUGUCCACAACUGUUCAAUGAGACUUGUCUUUAGUUGAAAGGUUUAGACUUUUGAGCCCAGGAUUUGUACUUGUUUUUAAAUUGUCUUAAAAGUUUCAACAAGGUUGAACAGGACUGUAAACGACUUCUAAUCUCAGACCUCAAGAACUGCUUCAUUGCUGUUUGCGAAAAAUGAAAUGCCUAACGAGAUACUGAAACUUACAGAUACUGCAAAUGAAAAAGACAUACGAGUUCAUUGUUCCGAGAAAUGUCUUUCUUUACGCUCGAAUUUUGUGUAGUUCUGUGUGUUUUGUUUCUCCUUUCUCGAUCUUUUAAGAAAGAGACCAAUUACUUGUAAUCUUCUUGUUCAAGAGCAAUUCUAAUUCUUUAAUCACUGUUUUUCUAGCACGCCUCCUUCAAAGUCCCAGGCCGUGGCAGCUGCAGUAAACCGUCCUUUACCCCAUUACAGGCUAGGAGAUCUGGGAAUAGUUCCCAGAUCCCACCCAAAGCUUGGAGAAAGGCCAAGAGCCAUUUCACCACUGGCUCCAAUCAGCAAACAAACGAGAAGUAUUGGUGUACAAACUGUUAGCGCUCAAAAGGUGAGUGGUGCACCUUUGUUUCUGGGGUAAUACUUGUGUUUCGGAACCUUCCUGCUGUUAUGGUCCAGAAAACAAAAGGGCGCUGCCCUUUUGUCGAUGGCCUUACCUCUUACGGAGAUUUUAAAAGUAUCACCGAACCUUGUUCAGAAAAGCGAGAAACGUGGUUUCAGAUUUUGACAAACAAGACAAUACCUGAGAAAUACUUUUUCAGUCAGUGCCACUGGUAGCCCGUGUCGCAGAUGUAAUUUAAACUCAGUAACGUCUGCCCCGAAGCAGCGCUGACAACCUUGUCUUGGACCCCAAGCGAACUCAACGAAAACCGGAAGUGCUUUUCGAAUUUCCAUUCAUCCUAAUUGGCAAACCGACAAUGGGUUUUUUUAACAGGCCAAUCACACCUCGUACUUAAAUCCCGGUAAAUAGGUCGGGGCACAGAACAAGAAUUUCGGCUCUGUGACGCAGGUUAUGACACAGGCGGUUCCAAAGAAAAAAUCCGAUUACUCCCAACAGGACUCGAACCUAUGAGCUUCUGGUAACUAGUCUAGAUGCUCUACCACUGAGUUAAGGGAGUCUUGUGGGAGCUACUAAAGCUAAGGCCACAAAAGUAUGUGACGAACAUCCUGCAUACUGUUAGGAGUGGAAUGUUUAUUUGUGCUUAUUCAUCCUCGGAGACCCAGGGGCAGAUAGUGGGGGCGAGGGAAAGUCUAAACGGGCGGAAAAAUAUGGCACGAAGAAAAGUAAAGAACGGCGAGAAGAGCCCCUGGGGACAAUGUCUUACCAGACCAGUUCCAAACGGUCGCCGCCGUUCUGGCUUCUGAUUGGUUCCAGAAACACACAAAAGUUUUCUGGCACCAAUCACAAGGCAGAACGGCGGUGACCGUUUGGAACUGGUCUGGUAAGACAUUGCCCCCAGGGGCUCUUCUCGCCGUUCUUUACUUCUUUUCGUGCCUUAUUUUCCCGCCCGUUUAGACUUUCCCUCGCCCCCACUAUUUGCCCCUGGGUCUCCGAGGAUGGUGCUUAUUAUGCGCAAACAAAGAUAGAUAUGUGGUAGUGACGUUUAAGCCUGGUGAAUACAUGAGAAAGACAAUAACUUUCUUUAAAAUUUCAGUUAACUGUUUGCUUGCUUGUUUCCUUAAGUGUCAGAAUUGUCAAAAGCACAAUUUUUCAACAGACUUACCUUCAAUUGUCAGGGCUUGUGAAUGUUAGAUUAAGACUAUUGGCACUAUAGAUUUUAUAUUGGCUCAUCAAAGAAAUGUCAUGUCUUUCUGUUUUUGUAGGCCAUGUUUUUCGCUGACCAGCUGCUUUCCAAGCGGAGUCCGACCUCUUCUGCUUAUAAGAUAUCACAUGACUACCAUUCGCCAAUCAGAACAGAGCUCCCUGUUGGAAACGGUUCGCGCGGAAGAAUACCAUAACCAUUUCAAAACUUUCCUCUUAUGGUUAAAGCUCUGUAACAAUGUUGUAUAUCAAUGUAGGUUAUAAAUGUGGGGCAUAAAUUCUUUUUUUAAUAUUUGAAAUCAAGGGAUUUAUUUUGUGUUGAUCAGAAAACUAUGCAUGCAAACAGCUGUGUGGAGUCAAAGUUUUCUACGAGCUUAACAAUAUUAUAUGUUAAGAAUUGAGUCAAAUAACGACAUCAACGUACACUUCCGUACAUACGCGUUCUCAGGAAACUCCUUCAUUAUGGAGUAAAGUUAUAAAAAUCUGCGAUCGCAAUAUAUAACUCUUUUAAUUUUUAUGAGUACAGGUACUGUUUAGGUUGUUGACUUAGCGUUUUGUUUGCAAGGUAAACUAUUCCUCAAAAAUGUGGCAAGACAGCGAAAGCUACAAACCCGAAAUAUUCAUCCGUUUUUGUCAUCGUAUUGUGAAUUUUUUUAUAAAAAGUGAAAGACAUUGUGGUUUGUAGAGAGAACUCUGUAAAUGUUAACGUCAAAUCUGGAGUAUAUGUUGUCAUGAAUAGCCUGUCAAAAACCGUAGUUACUUCAGCUUUAUCUUCAACAUUUUUAGUUUGAUAACUUUCUCUAGUUUAGCACCUCUCUCUAUAAGAUUUGUGGCUAAGAAUUUAUUGGGAUAAGUGUUGGUGUUUGUAUGUAUAAUGCAGGAUUUACGUUGUAGUCCAAGUCGCUGUAAAUAGAACUAACACAUCCUCUAGUUUUGUAAAUACCUGUGUAAGUAUUCUUGUGC